GUCUCAGAUACAGAGGUCUCGGACACAGAGGUCUCGGACAUAGAGGUCUCGGACAUAGAGGUCUCGGACGCAGAGAUCUCGGACCCAGAGGUCUCGGACAUAGAGGUCUCGGACAUAGAGGUCUCGGACAUAGAGGUCUCGGACGCAAAGGUCUCGGCCAUAGAGGUCUCGGACAUACAGGUCUCGGACGAAGAGAUCUCGGACCCAGAG